UUCUGCGUAGAGGGACGCGUCAUUUCCGCUCCAGUCGCUCUUCGGAAAUGGCUGGCAGACGUCGCUGCGCCGCGAGAGAUUAAGCCGGAGCGAGGAGGCUGUGUUUCGUGAGCGGCGCCAUGGGGCGAGAGUCCAGAUCAACAAAGCAACAGUUGUCCAAACAAAAACAGCAUUAUCGGAAGCGCUCCUCAUCACGGGGGCGCUCUGGUAGUCGUUCACGGAGUCGUUCUCCGUCUGACAAAAGAGCAAAACGUGGAGAUGAUAGGCGUUCUAGAAGUAGGGAAAGAGAGCGCAGGCGUGAGAGAUCACGGAGCAGGGACAAAAGGAGAUCUCGAUCUCGUGACAGAAAGCGUGUGAGGCGCUCAAGAAGUAGAGAGAGAGAACGGAGCAGAGAGAGGCGACGCUCACGUAGUCGAGAGAGAAGAAGAUCCAGAAGCCGGAGCAGAGGGAGACGGUCUCGAUCCUCCAGUCCUGGCAAGAACAAGAAAGUAGAAGACAGGUCUAAAGAGAAAGUAGAGGGUGUGGAAGUUAACAAAGAAAAGAAAAAAGAGAAAGAGGACAAAGAAGAAGAAAAGGACAAAGAUGUCAACAAUUUUGAUCAGAACAAGCUAGAAGAGGAAAUGAGAAAGCGAAAAGAGAGAGUAGAGAAGUGGAGAGAAGAACAGCGCAAGAAAGCUAUGGAAAAUGUAGGCGAACUGAAGAAAGAAAUCGAAGAGAUGAAACAGGGGAAAAAGUGGAGCUUAGAAGAUGAUGAUGAUGAUGAUGAAGAAACAGCAGAAGGGGAAAAGGAAGGUAACGAGAUUGAAGAUGAAGAAUUAGAUCCAUUAGAUGCAUAUAUGGAAGAAGUAAAAGAAGAGGUGAAAAAAUUUAAUAUGCGAAGUGUCAAAGGUGGAGGUGGAAGUGAAAAGAAAUCUGGUCCAACUGUUACUAAAGUAGUUACUGUGGUGAAAACCAAAAAAGCAUCUCCGGAGACAGAAAAGAAAAAAGGAGAACUCAUGGUGAAUGACCAAGAUGCAAUGGAGUAUUCCUCUGAAGAGGAAGAAGUUGAUCUCCAGACUGCAUUGACUGGAUACCAAACCAAACACAGGAAAUUGCUGGAACCAGUGGAUCAUGGAAAGAUUGAAUAUGAGACAUACAGGAAGAACUUCUAUGUUGAAGUCCCAGAACUCGCUAAAAUGACACAAGAAGAGGUGACUGCAUAUAGGCUGGAAAUGGAAGGGAUUACUGUCAAGGGUAAAGGAUGUCCCAAGCCAAUAAAAACCUGGGUGCAGUGUGGAAUAUCCAUGAAAAUCUUAAAUUCCCUGAAGAAGCAUGGAUAUGAAAAGCCAACUCCUAUCCAAGCUCAAGCUAUACCUACCAUUAUGAGCGGACGUGAUUUAAUUGGCAUUGCUAAAACUGGAAGUGGAAAGACGAUUGCUUUUCUGUUGCCCAUGUUCAGACACAUCAUGGAUCAAAGACCAUUAGAAGAAGGGGAAGGUCCAAUAGCCGUCAUUAUGACUCCUACUCGAGAAUUGGCAUUGCAGAUUACGAAGGAGUGCAAGAAGUUCUCCAAGACCCUUGGAGUUAGGGUUGUGUGUGUAUAUGGAGGAACGGGGAUUAGCGAACAGAUUGCUGAGUUGAAAAGGGGUGCGGAAAUAAUUGUUUGCACACCUGGUCGUAUGAUUGAUAUGUUAGCCGCUAAUAAUGGUCGGGUGACAAACCUUCGGAGAGUAACAUACGUUGUUCUUGAUGAAGCUGACAGAAUGUUUGAUAUGGGCUUUGAGCCUCAGGUUAUGCGCAUUGUAGACAAUGUGAGACCUGAUCGCCAGACUGUUAUGUUUUCUGCCACCUUCCCAAGAGCCAUGGAGGCUUUGGCUCGUCGAAUACUAAAUAAGCCAAUUGAAGUCCAGGUUGGAGGACGGAGUGUCGUCUGUUCUGAUGUAGAACAGAAUGUGAUUGUCAUAGAGGAAGAGAACAAAUUCUUGAAGCUGCUUGAACUGUUAGGACACUUUCAAGAACAGGGAGCUGUCAUCAUCUUCGUAGAUAAACAAGAACAUGCUGAUGGAUUGCUGAAAGAUUUAAUGAGAGCCUCUUAUCCUUGCCUGUCACUUCAUGGAGGUAUUGACCAGUAUGACAGAGACAGUAUAAUCAAUGAUUUUAAGAGUGGAGUUUGCAAACUCCUUGUGGCCACAUCUGUAGCAGCCCGAGGUCUUGAUGUAAAGCAUCUAAUGCUUGUAAUCAACUACAGCUGUCCCAAUCAUUACGAGGAUUAUGUGCAUCGGGCAGGCAGGACUGGACGAGCAGGAAACAAAGGAUAUGCUUAUACUUUCAUCACUGAAGAUCAGGCACGGUAUGCUGGAGAUAUAAUUAAAGCAUUGGAGUUGUCAGGUACUCCAGUUCCUUCUGAGCUGGAGAAGCUCUGGAAUGACUUCAAAGAUCAGCAGAAGGCUGAAGGUAAGACAAUUAAAAAGAGCAGCGGAUUCUCUGGUAAAGGAUUCAAGUUUGAUGAAACAGAAGAGGCUUUGGCGAAUGAGCGAAAGAAACUACAAAAAGCCGCACUUGGUCUGCAAGAUUCAGAUGAUGAGGAUACAGCUGUUGAUAUUGAUGAGCAGAUUGAAAGCAUGUUCAAUUCAAAGAAAAGAGUGAAGGACAUGGCAUCUUCUGGUGGGACAUCUAAUGUUCCUGCCCCGACAGCAGGAAAUGCAGAAAAAUUAGAGAUCGCUAAACGAUUAGCAUUGAGAAUCAAUGCACAGAAGAAUCUUGGAGCCGAGGCACAAGUAUUGGUCUCUUUCCAAUUUAAGGAUGUGAUGCAGCAAGCUACGAAUGCUAUCCUGAGAGGUGGCACUAUUCAGGCUCCAACUGUAUCGGCCAAGACCAUUGCAGAGCAACUGGCAGAGAAGAUCAAUGCCAAGCUCAAUUAUGUGCCGAUAGAGAAACAAGAGGAGGAGAAACAGGAGGGUGGACAAAACGAAUCUUUUAAGAGAUACGAGGAAGAAUUGGAGAUCAAUGAUUUCCCACAGACUGCUAGGUGGAAGGUAACAUCAAAGGAAGCGCUGCAUAGAAUAAGUGAAUACUCUGAAGCUGCCAUUACAAUCAGAGGAACAUACUUUCCUCCAGGCAAAGAACCCAAGGAAGGAGAACGAAAAAUUUACUUGGCUAUUGAGAGUGCCAAUGAAUUAGCUGUACAGAAAGCAAAGGCAGAAAUCACUCGGCUUAUUAAAGAAGAGCUCAUCAGAUUGCAAAAUUCGUACCAACCAACCAACAAAGGAAGAUACAAAGUUUUGUAAAUAUUUGAAGCAAGUCCAUGUGUGUGAACCCUUGUUCUGUUAAUCUUUAGUAUUUACACUGCUUUUAUGUAAAUUAUGUUUUUAAAAAUAUUGUCAUGCUGGAUGUUUUUUACAGAUCAAAAAUACUUUGUGGGGAUCAUUUUCUGCCCACAGGAGGAGGGCAUGAUUAAACUGUUUUUGUUUGUAUGCUUUCCAUUCUGAACAUACUUAAUAAAAUGUUCCUGAAAAAGUA